CUCCGCGCGUGAAGCUAAGCUACCCAGCGUCACCCUCCUUUAAAUGAAGCUGUUAGCUAACCUAACAGACCCAGGCGGCUCACUGUCGCCAACUCUGUAAAUGAGGUAGCUAACCUAGCAGACCAGCUACCUCAACCGUAACACAUUCGCUAGCUCUGUAAGUGGAGUAGGGUAGCGACCAGCCUACAACUGCCCAUAACAGCGAUCAAGACUCGGUGUUAAACAGGCAGUCGGCAGCUAGUUGGCACGCUAGCUGUAGCUAAGUUAGCAGCUGGUUUGUGUGUGUGUGUGUGUGUGUGUGUGUGUGUGUGUGUGUGUAUGUAUACUAAGCUACUCAAAGCCAGGCUCAGCUGUAGUAGGUUGGUGAAGUGUCGUAGUGAUGGCCUUCUACGAGGUCUAUUCUCAUCCGGCUUUGAUAAGGUAUAAAACCAGCUUCUGUACACGAGCCACAUUGUUUGUUGUGGUGGUUUUUUGUCUGACGUACAUUUCCCCGCUGCUCGUGGCUUACAGAAGCCAAGGUUUCUGGGUGAAGCGAAGUACGUAUGAAGAGCAGCCGGUUGUACGUUUCCAGUACCAAAUGUUACUGGUCGGAGCCACUGGGUUAACGGGGGAGUAUGUGGCGUGGAGCACCUUUCCGAACUUCAAUCGUUUGCUGGAAGGCAAUCUUCGCAUCCCUGCCGUGUCUGUCCAGGAGGAGGACUGGAACCAUGAUGGGAAGCCUGACCGCUUAAUACUUCAACUUGCUAUUCCUCUAAAAGCAGGAGAGCAAGUGUACAGCAUUCAGCUUCUCCUCAUGUUCUCUUAUCAGUUGUUUAGGAUGUCCACUGUGGUGAUGCAGACACUUGCUCUGCUGCAGUACUCAUCCUCUGUCCCAGGAUCGCAGCUCUUUGUCAGUGGAGAUUUGAGGCUCCACCAGAGAAUUCCACUCCCUCACCGCGGGCUGCACACUUCUUAUAACGUGUCAGUGGUGGAUUCUGCCAGCCCCUUUGCUAGUGCGUACGACCUGGCCAAAAUCAUCAGAACAUAUCAAGAGAGAAACUUGACCACCCACCUCUCCUGUCCAGCUCCAGUGUGGAUGGUUGGUCGAGCUGCAUAUGCUCCCUUUCAGAUGAAUGUGGAAAUCAGGUACCCAGUGGAGACAAUCAGUUAUAUGCCAGGCUUUUGGGAGAUGGUCAAGUUUGCCUGGAUCCAGUAUGUUAGUGUGCUGCUGAUCUUCCUGUGGGUUUUUGAGCGGGUUCAAACCUUCGUCUUUCAGAACCAUGUCCUGCCCACAGUCGCUGCACCAGUGCUGAAACUCCACCAAUCCUGAUCUGCUGCACUGUGUGCGUGUGCGUGCGUGCGUGUGCGUGCGUGCGUGUGUGUGCGCGCGUGUGUGUGCGCGCGUGCGUGUGUGAGAGACAGAGGAUGUUAAUAUUUUUGAGGUAGUGUUAGUAAUGAUUUGAUUAGACUGAUCCUCUGUUAAUGACCAAUUUUAAUGUGUGUAUAGUUUAUUGGUUAUUGCUGUAAUUAUAUGUCACAUGCUGUUUUUUCUGAAGCCUGUAGCUAUAAAUUGGUGCUGCUCGCCUGGGGGUGGUUUUGUGUUUGUGUUUGUGUUUGGGUGUGGAUGUGGGCGUAGCCGGACCAAGCCUGACUCACAUUUUCUUAAUGUUACUGAUCCCAGUAAGUAAAAGUUCUCAGACCAUUGGUGGUUUCCUAUAGAGUUAAUUGGAGGAUUGGUAAUGAGGAGCUACAUUCUGACAUGUCAAAUCAAAGAUUUUAAAACUGUUCUAGCUGUUUUUUGUCAGACUUAACCACGGAGUCCCUCCUGCCCCUUUCGUCCCACACCUUUACAUUACUGGUCAGACUUAUCCAGAGUGCCUAUCCAGCGCUCCUUACACAUUUACCAGUGUGGCAAUGUGUGCACUUACUGAGUACUAUACCUUGGCCGGAUUGAUGCCUUACCUGUUCUACCAGUUGUGCUCCACCACUGAGUCCAUUUGAUCCCUUUAAUCCCACACCUCCAUCCAACCCUCCUUCCAAGCACGAGCUCACUGCUUAUCCCACCCUUUUGUGUGCUGUGCUCAAAAUAAGUGCCCUGCAUGGAGGACCACCUCCUUAUCGGGCAAGUGUAUUUGUAUAGCACUUUUCUACACAGAGGUGUAAUUCAAGAUGCUUUAAAUAAAUAUAAUAGAAUGACAUUUUAAUAAAGUCCGCUCUCUAAAUAAGGAAGCCAGCGUGGAGGUUUUAGAUGUGCAGUAAUGUGCUCUGUUCUCUUUGUCUUGGUUAAAACUCUCAGCAGUGCUCUGAACAUGUUAUAGCUGUUGAAUGGAGAGAUCAGUAUAGUAGUCAACCCUGCAGAAACCACUGGAGAAGGAAAAAUAAACAACUAAUACCCAAAAAUAACACACAAACCACAAUGAUUAUAGUAGUCGAUAGCCCCCCGAUUGAUUCUUAACUUUAAAUGAUCAUUUAGAGUGUUUUGGAACACUGAACAUUGAAGGUGUUCUUUUAUUAAAAAUUGC